AAAAGAACUAGUUCAAUUUAAAGCGCCACGGAAUCAAUGUGAUUCCACUGGUACACCAAUACAACUCUAGACAACUGCUAAGAACAUUAAGAAGCCGUGGUGAAAGUGCCAAAGGCCUCUAAGCGCCAGCAUAGAAGCAACGUAGCGGAGAACAGAGAACUACAGUUGCCAAGCAAAGCACGCACACUUACUCAUUGGGGCAUCAGUCAGUGAAACUGUCAAACAGUUUGACCCGCAGCCAGGAGCAACAGCUGUUGCUUGCCGCCCUUAAGCACACACAUACACAAAAUACCUACAAAAUGCCACACACACAGUCCCAAAGGUGGCUGUACACCUGCCUGUUGGUCAGCAUCUUGCCCACGUUGUGUCUGGGCCUUCUGGAUGGUCUAUAUUGCGGCAAAGAGAACUGCUACGAUGUGCUGGGCGUCACACGUGAAUCGUCCAAGUCAGAGAUUGGCAAAGCCUAUCGCCUAUUGGCACGCAAGCAUCAUCCCGAUCUGCAUCGCGGCGAGGAGGCCAAAGCGCUGGCCGAGGAGCAGUUCAAACUGUUGGCCACCGCCUACGAGAUACUGCGCGAUGAGGAAUCCCGCACCGACUACGACUACAUGUUGGACAAUCCGGACGCAUACUAUGCGCAUUAUUAUCGCUACUAUCGUCGACGUGUUGCGCCCAAAGUGGAUGUGCGUGUGGUGAUUGUAGUUACGUUGACCAUCAUAUCGGUGAUUCAGUACUAUUCAGGCUGGCAGCGCUAUGACGCCGCCAUAAAAUACUUUGCGACGGUGCCCAAGUAUCGCAACAAGGCGCUGGAUAUUGCGCGCGAUGAGAUCCAGGAGCGUGUGCAUACACGAAAGGGUAAGAAUCGCAAGAGUUUAUCGAAAACCGAACAGAAAGAGGAACUGGAGCGCAUCAUACGAAAGGUGAUCGAGGAGAAGAUGGACGUGCAGGGCGGCUAUGCGAAGCCCACGCUUUGGGAUGUGCUUUGGGUGCAGUUGCUCAUCUGCCCGUAUACGCUUUUCAAUUUUAUUGUGUGGCAUGCGCUGUGGUUCUGGCGCUAUACGGUGCUCAAGCAGCCGUACGGACGGGAACAGCAGCUUUAUCUGAUACGUCGUCACAUGGGCAUGGGCCAGCAUCAGUUCAAUGCACUUGAGGAUAAACAGAUCGAGGAGUAUCUGCAGCUGGAGCUGUGGCAGCGCGACAAUUUUGUUGCGUGGAAGGCCGAUCAGGAUGAGGACAUGAAGAAAAAGCUGGCCGAGAAUCCGCGUUACAAGGCCUACAGGCGCUAUAUGAAGAACCAUGGUCCCGGCCGAAUUACCUUUGAGGAUUAGGACGACGCCUGUUGAUGUUCAAGUUUUAUUGUUCCAUCUUGUCGCCAUCGGCAUACUGUAAUUUAUUAUUUUAUGUUCAAUAUCUAAAGUUCAUGUGUUUUUUUUUUUUAUACAUAUUUUUUUCUGUGUGUAGGGCGAAGUUUUGCAAUAGUUUAAAAAUAAAUUAUGUUAAUAAUUCUGUUAGCCAUUGGAUACUGCCCGCCGGCACCGAUGGCCAAAACGUUGACCUCGCCGCAAACCGGUUCAAAACGUGCUUACUCGCCAUUUCAUCUUUUGAAGCUGAAACGUGCGAAAUGCCCAACAAUACGAAUCCGAAACCGAGAACUCUAUCUUCUGUAAAAACGUUGUUAGCUCAAUUGUCCGAAUUUUUAUAGCAAAUAUACAAAUACUAUAAUAAAAAAAUAAA